AUGGGGAGUCGCAAUAUAAAGCAAAUCGAUAUUCCUUACGAUCCUUUGCCCUUGACUCAAGAUGCGCCCAGGGACUCCGUUUAUAGCGAUCUUCCCUCUCCCCAUGCCUCCGGUUUCGACACUCCGCCUGUCGAAAUGUCUUAUUUUUCUGACACCCCACCCCCGGGUGCAGCCCAACCACGCUUUCUUGGUGCAGCUUUGUACGACGAUCCCUCCAAUGGAUAUCGAGAUUCCUUCGCGUCACAAAAUACUCAAAAUACCUUCAGAACAGCACCUUCUGUCGUUACUUCCUCUGUCUACGCCUUGAAUAAUGACACUCCUCAGACAGAACAAUCUGCUACCUACCAUGAUGAUCCCAAUGACCCCGAGUACAACUCUGGCUCUGGUCAGGGUGGGAAUCUCAACUCCCCUCGUUACCUUGCUGAGAAGCGGUCAGCAUACGCAAUCCCACGUGUAAAGUCAAAGCGCGGACUUAUCAUAGCUGGCUCAAUUCUCGCAGCUGCCAUAGUACUCGUUGCUAUCGUUGUCCCUAUAUAUUUCGUCGUGAUCAAGCCAAAAUCAUCGUCGUCGAAUAAUAGCUCUGGCUCUCCCAGCAGUCCCACCUCCACCUCGACCUCUUCAUCCGGUCAACCUGCCUCCGAUGUCGUCACUGGUGGCAAUGGCAGCACCAUCACGAUGGAGGAUGGUACUACAUUCACGUACUUGAACCCUUUUGGUGCGUCAAUUUGGGUGGUUGGCUUACUACGGAACCCGUGA